AUGACCCAGACCCUCGACACAAGAGAGGACCCUCUUAAUCUGGGUGGCGGCUGGGCACCAUCAGCUCCCUUACGCACCUGGUCGUCCUGCCACCGAAGGCGCAGGGGCGCCCCGAUAUACAGGCGACGACACCGCUACGGCCCCAAGGCAGAGUACGAGCCUCCGAGGAAGCAGCCAAAGCAUCAAUAUGGCCCGGGAUCUUGGUUCCAACCACCACCCCGAAGGCCCAACUGGGCCGUGUGCUCUAACUGGGAGCGCUGGGGAGGGCCCUGGCGCCCUCCUCCGGUGGGAUUCUGGAAGCCCCCCAGUCCGAUGCAAGUGAUUCGGGUGUAUGGUCUGAAUCCGUUCUGCCUUUGCUGCUGCUCCUGCUGGCGCGGGCCCUGGAACCCCGGCUGGGCGAGACCUCCAGGCAGGAAGAAGCGCUGGGGCCGCAGGGGCCGCCGCCACCCUCGCCGCUCCUCCCCGAAGAGCCCACCGCCGCGGGUGGAUCUGGGCACACUGUUGCGGCCGGUCAACUUGUGCGGGUGGCGUGCACCUGGCAUGCGAGCGCCGCAGAACACCACUCAGUUCAUCAUGAACCAGAUCUACGAGGAUAUGCGGCAGGAAGAGGAGCUGGGGCGCCAGCAGGAGGCGAUGCGUGCACAGCAGGCUGAGGCCCGCGGCCAGGUCUCUACAGGCGGCGGCUCCGGAAACAACGCGCCCCUCAGCGGCAGCGAGGACGACGCGGAGCUGCAGGAAACGCCGUACAACUUCGUGCAGAAUCCCUCUCUGCUCGUAUUCACACCUAGGCCGGAGGAAAACCAGUCUCCCACGCCGCAACCGGUGGAGGAAGAGGAGAAAAAUGAGGAUGAGGAGUGUGAAGAAGAAAUGUGCCAUAGGAAGGAGGAGGAGAGUGAGGAGGAGGAGGAGGCGGAAGAGGCUGAGGAAGAUGAGGAGGAGGGGGAGGGGGAAGAGGCCGAGGAAGAUGAGGAGGUGGAGGAGGAGGCUGGCUACUUGGAGGAGGGCGAGGAGGAAGAGGAAGAGAUGGAGGAGCUGGAAGAGGAGGAGGAGGGGCUGGAAGAAGAGGAGCAGAAAGAGGAAGAGAAUUUGCCCUUGGAAAUGCCUUUAUCCAUCCUAGUGGGGGCUGAAGACGAGAGAGAGAACUAUUUCAACUGCACUUACUUAAGCCCAGAACAGAUAAUUCCCCAAGGGCCACAGGAAACUCUACUCAUGGUACAGGACAUUAACUGUUAA